ACAUCUCAGCCACCACGCUGGCGGUUGGGCCUCAGAAUUCCGCGGGUGGGGAGGAUAGUGGUGCGGGAAACCGAAAACCGAUUUCUAUACUCCCAGCAUUCCACGUAGACGGUGCUUACCUUUGACCCUUCGCUCCCUUGCUACAUAUCCGGGCUUCUGCUGCUACUAGUCCGGGGAAGAUGGUGGCUGCUGCUGUCCUGCUUCCUGUCGAGUGGAUAAAGAACUGGGAGAAAUCAGGGAGAGGCGAAUUUUUGCAUUUAUGCCGUGUCCUGAGUGAAAAUAAAAGCCAUGAUUGUUCAUCUUAUAGAGAUUUCCAGCAAGCUCUUUAUGAGUUAUCAUGCCAUGUCGUUAAUGGAAAUCUCAAGCAUGAACAUGCAUCUAAUGUUCUUAAAGACAUUAGUGAAUUUCAUGAGGAUAUGCCUUCCAUUCUUGCUGAUGUAUUCUGCAUAUUAGAUACUGAGACAAAUUGUUUAGAAGAAAAAAGCAAGAGAGACUAUUUUACACAAUUGGUAUUAGCAUGUUUGUAUUUAGUUUCAGACACAGUUCUAAAGGAACGCCUGGAUCCAGAAACAUUGGAAUCAUUAGGGCUUAUCAAACAAUCACAGCAGUUCAAUCAGAAGUCAGUUAAAAUCAAGACAAAACUCUUGUAA